UCCCCUCUUUGGGUUUCAGUUCCUUUAUUUAAAACUAUAAUCUGAACAGCUUACACUCUUGCUAAAAAACUUUUGGUUGUCUAUAAUACAAAAGUCUGAACUUGGCAUUCAAGCCCCAUCAUAUUCUCUGCAGAAUCAUUUCAACCUCUCCUCCCAGGAAAACCCUUGCUUGGCUCAUGCCCCCCUCUUUUAGGCACAUUCUGUUCUUUCUGCCUGGGAUACCUUUUCCCCUACUCAUCUUUCAUGAUGCAAUUUAGAUUCCUGUGUACCGGACACUGUUCUAAGCUCUGCACGAAUAUUAUCUCAGGGGUUCUCAAACUUUGGUGGUCUGUUAGAACCACCUGGAGGGCUUGUUAAGCCACAUUUUGCCAGGACCCACCAAUACUCUCAUCUGUGACUAGUGAUCUAACAAAUGACCAGAGAGCUAACUUGUGACCAGUGUUAGUGAAUCUGUGGUCUAACUUGUGACCAGUGAUCUAACCUGUGACCCAUGGGCUGCUCCGUGACCUGUGGUCUUCCUCUGCUUAGAGAGAGGUGAAUUCAGUAGGUUCGGGGUAGGGCUAAAGAACUGGCAUUUCUAACAAGUCCCAGGUGUUGCUGCUGCUUGCUGGUCUGGGAACCACACUAUAGGAGCCACUCUAUUACUUCAUUUAAUCCCCUAAACGAGAUAGGUAGCUAUUACUGUCUAUGACAUGGGUACUAUUACUCUUCCCAUUUUAGAGUAGGCCUGCAUACAUGCUGGUCACUUGGCCUUGUAAGGGAUACUAGUCAUCAUUUCAUAGACAACAGCCUGAGGCUCAGAGAGAUUAAGUGACUUGUCUGAUGUCUCACAGCAGUUAGGGGGAGAUGUGGGGAUUGAACUAGGUCUCUCUUAAGUCAAAGUUUUUCCACUGUCUUAGGUGGGGAAGAUGUCUAGUUUCUGACCCUAAACAAUGCCUCAGGAAAUUCUACCCCCAGCUUCCAAGCUUAACAGGCUCCGGAGGGUGUGGCUGACCAGUUCCCACGUAGCUGGCUGAGAUCCCAAGCAGCCUGGGGACUACAUGGCCUCAUACUCCCACUUAGGCCUGCUGCCCACAGCACUGCCUUUAUCCGCAGCUCAAUAAAGGCUGGGCUGGAAGCAGCGAGGCUCAGCAUGCUUGGGUCUCUCUUGUGUUCUCUCCAGCAGCCUCCCCAGGAGCCCCAUGGCCAUGACACAGCUGCUUCUGCUCCUUGUGGCUCUCCUGGUUCUGGGUCAUGUGCCACCAGGGAGAAGUGAAUUCAAACGGUGCUGGAAGGGCCAAGGGGCCUGCCGAACUUACUGCACAAGGCAAGAAACUUACAUGCACCUGUGCCCGGAUGCGUCCCUGUGCUGUCUCUCCUAUGCAUUGAAACCUCCGCCGGUCCCCAAGAAUGGAUAUGAGUAGCUGGUUCUUGCUGUCCAAUAAAACAUGGGCUGCCA